AUGGAGGCAGUGGCCGAUGCGGCGGCCCGCAACGCCUUGUUCCAACGCCUUAAACCAUGUUGUGUUGAGAUCAGUCGGCUCGCAAUUCAGGAGGACCAUGCCUCAGUAACUCGCGAGCUGCAGACUCUUACUGCCACGCUCUUGGACAUCUUGCACUCGUCAUCUCCCGACUUAGACGACAAGCUGGCUGGAUAUGUCUUCUUCCCAUUGUCUCAUAUAUUUCGUCAAAUAGACAGCUUCCCGAUGACUGUUGUGGAAAACUGUGUUGUUUGUCUACGAGUUCUCAUCACAUACGGCUGGCGGACAAGAAUAUCACCCGCCCUCGUCCAGCAAAUAUUCACCCUUCUCAUCUUCCUCAUCGACGGUGUACCUGGGUCAGAUCAAGAUCAGAUAAAACCCGAGGAGUUAAUAUUAGAGUCGUUCCGAACAUUGACUGCUCUGCUCGAUGCAGCCGCGGGAUCCGCACAAGCUGACGCCGGUCUGGCAGCGCCCGCGGCAAUCCCGCAGCUAGGCCAGGGUGUCACAACGAUGCUAGACGCUAUUGCAGACGGCGUCACUCCAGCGAUCCAGGAAGAGGCUCUUAGGUCCCUUAUUGCAUUCUAUCAAGCGAUCAGAGAUCAUGGCGCGUUGGCCACUUUCCUACCAGGCACAUUGUCAAAUCUUGCCAAGGUCCUCCAUACUCCAGCGCGAUACAGAUCCUCAGUACUUGCGGGUUGCCUGAAUGCUGUGAGAAUAGUACUGACAAGAACGCUUGGUGACUUGCGCACACGAUUGAUUCUUGCACAGAAGGAUCAUGAAGGGGCCGAGAAGGAAGAAGAUAAGAACAAGGUGCUGGGACCGGCGUGGCUGAACGCCACGAUCGGACAAGUGAGAAACGCAUUGGCAACGAUGAUGAAACUACGUGCACAUGAAUCGGACGAGGUCAAGUCUGCACUCAAUCGACUGUGCAUUACACUGCUAGACGAGUGUCACGAGACUUUGUCCAACUGUUCGGCGCUGCUUGUGAAUACGGCCAUUAUACUGGAUGUAAGUGAUCACGACUCCAUCACUGAAACGAACCUGUCGCACAUAGCAGGGAUCUAUCCCGAACUGCUAGACGUGAUCAAGACGACAGUCUAUAACUGGAUGUCAAGUUUACCACGGCAUAUGCAGUCGGCAGACGAGGACGUCAAACGGAUCGCUAUUCACAACUUUGCCAAGGGCAUAGAGCUUUUGAGGAGCCUCAAUAUCGAAUCGAGCAUAAUAGGAAGCGCCCUACCAAACACAAUGUGCGAUACAAUUACCUCACUGCUCCAGGCUAGCAAAACAUCGAGCUCUGACAACGCCGCUCCAAUUCAGCUCUUGGAGACAUCUUCCAUGGCCAAGGCUGCCGGCAGGACGACUUAUCCUCCCGUGCUGCUUUCACAUAAUAGCCAACGAGGCUUGAACCUAGAACUCAUGUCUCUUCUGCGGGCUGUCAGCUCGACCCCUCAGACUGGCCCUUUGCUAGCUGAUAUGGUGGACUAUGCUAGAAAUGAUACAGGUGCCAGCCAAGUCGCUGCUUACUGGCUAUCGCUGGAGAUCAGCAAAGCCGCACAUGCCUCUACUGCCGAUGAAGAUGCCCUUCUCAAUUUCACCGACCGUUCCAGUGGUUCAGGCGAUGUUGAGUCCGCGUUCAGCGAUCUGUAUUCAUUCUCGGUUGAUAUUUUGGACUCCCACAGCGAUGCAUCGACAGUUGAUUGGCGCAUGGAGGCACUUGCUCUUGAAGUAGUCGCUUACGCGGCACAGAGAUCUGGCGAGUCUUUUAGACCCGAACUCAUCGACGUUUUGUUCCCCAUUGCAACAUUUAUGGGGUCGAAUGAUCCUCGGCUACAACAGCAUGCCGUGGCCACAUUGAAUAUCCUCGCAUCGGCGAGCAAGUACAAAUCCGUCUCGGACCUGAUAGUAGGCAACGUCGACUACAUGGUCAACUCCGUGGCACUGCGCCUGAACACGCUGGAUAUCUCGCCAGCCUCUGCACAGGUGCUCACGAUGAUGCUUCGUCUUGCAGGACCAUGUCUCCUUCCGUUUUUGGACGACGUUGUCGAAUCUAUUUUCGUCGCGCUGGACAAUUACCAUGGCUAUCCCGCGUUUGUGGAAAGCCUAUUCGACGUGCUUAAGGAGAUUGUCGAUCAAGGCGCCAAGACCGAAAGCACGCGCCUGCUUAAGGAUCACGAGAAGAAAGAAAUUCAUCACAAGAAACAGCAAGGCCAGCGAGAAGACCUGAACAGUCUAAUGGCCUUUCUAGAUAAACGCAGCGAGCGCAAGCAGCGCGACGAAGCAGAGGCGCGAAACAUGCGACCUCUGAAGGGUCAUCCACAGGCACCCUGGGGCGAGCCCGAAAAGAAGAGCGGCGAGGAACACAUGGACGAUGUGGGUGGAGAGCCACCCAGCGAAGAGAAGCCGCCGAGCUCGUCGACCUACCAGCUGCUGAGCCGCGUGGCCAGCCUGACGCAGCACUACCUGACGUCGCCGACGCCGAAGCUGCGCCGGUCGCUGCUCGGGCUCCUUCAGUCGGCCGUCUCCGUGCUCGCCGCUGAUGAGGACUCCUUUCUCCCGCUCGUAAAUGCGCUUUGGCCCGUCAUUGUCGGCCGGCUCCGGGACUCGGAGCCCUUCAUCGUCGUCGAGGCCUGCGCCACGCUCGCGGCGCUCUGCACCGCCGCAGGCGAUUUUCUCGGCUCGCGCUUCCAGACGGAGUGGCAGGACGGUCUACGUGACUUUUGCCGCCGAGCGAAGCGCAAUGCCGCCGCCGCCGCAACAGGAGCUGGUCAGUCCACGCACACCGAAAGCAGAUGGACAAAGGGCUCGGGAUCGUCAUCACUCGAUGUAGUGGUGCCGCUGCGUGUAGAGGCUGGUGCGCUCGCCGUACGCAACGCGACGCUGACGAGCCGGCCGGAGGAGGAGCAGCUGGCGGGGGGCAGUCUCGGACAGCACGCGUCGCCGGCGAGGAUCUGGAUGGCGGUGGUGAGGCUGCUAACGGCGGUGGUGGCCUACGUGCGCGUCGACGAGACCAUGUUUGAAGAUGUGCUGGAUCUGCUGGCGGACGUGUUGGACAGGAAUCCGGACGCCAAGGAGGCGCUGGAGGUGAUUAAUGCGGAUGCGGUGUGGCUUGCGCUGUAUGAACGGGGACGGGUGGCUUUGCGAGCGGCUCCGAUGGUCGACGGGGCGUCGUUUGUUGAGCUUAUCAGUAAGGCGUAA